CAUAUUACCCAAAAGCCUAUGGGGCCAGGAGAAUCAGGAGCUUCAACUGUCUCACAAACAGAACCUGUGUCAGUCAGUAAGGCAGGGAUCGAGAUCAAGAUACUAGCUAAACCAGCAGCCAAGUGUAACUCUAUCACAGAUAUUAAUGAUACUGUAGGGAUACAGAUUGCAGCCCCACCAGUGGAUGGAGAAGCUAACUUGGAGUUGGUUAAAUAUCUCUCAAAAAUCCUAGGCCUGAAGAAAUCACAAGUUACAUUAGAUAAGGGCUCAAAGUCACGAAACAAGACGGUUCUGGUAACUGGGAGUAGCAAAGAAGAAAUAUUGCAGAAGUUAAAAGAAGAGAAGGGUGAUUCUUGAAACUGAAAAGUGAAUUCAGUUUGAUAAAAAUUUGAAUUUUUCU